UUAGGUUAUGUUUACGAGAGUUCUGUUGUUGAUAACUGAUAAGUUGUUGAGGUUGAGUAAUUAAACUAACUAAACAUGCCGUUUAUGAAAGGUAUUGAACCGAUUCGGUACACAUUAAAGUAUUUAGAGGCUGGCAAAGUACUAUUUAAAGAUUCCUUACAAAUAUUUUGCAUUAAUUACAAUACAAAAGGAGAUCAUCAUGACGGUGCCAGGAAAUUUGUGUUUUGGUAUCUGCCUCAACUACAGUACAAGAACCAAAGUGUUCAGAUCCUCACUCUUAGAAACCUGACUCCUUCACCCUUCAUCACUUGCUAUUUUGAUAAUAAUGAAAGCAUGCUGAUUGAUGUGGAUGGUAAGAAAAAAGAAGAUAUUUUAGCACAUGUCUUAAAAGUGCUGGGAAAACCAGAGGAAGUUCUGAAAGCAGAAGCUCAAGCGAGAGAAAAGAAGGACAAUCCUGCCAACUUUGGCUAUAUGUGUGAAAAAGCCUGCAUUUGUGAAGUUCCAGGACAAAUUCCCUGUCCGGGAGCUGUUCCUCUUCCCUUCCACAUGAGGGGGAAAUACAUACGCAAGAUGAGGGAGGAAGGGACCCUUUAAGUUAAUAUGUUUUGUAGUUAGUUGUCUGUAAUUUUGUAAAUAAAUGUAUUGUUUAAGCAAA